AUGUCUUCUGGCGGCGGGGGAGGAGGAGUCGAGAAUGCCAACAACAUCGCCAGCGUCGCCAUGUCGGCGCGAUACCCCCGUGUCGCCGUCCUCCUGGGCGUGCAGCCUCGCUGGCACGUGCCGCUGCUGCUGUGUCGGGCGCUCUCGACCGUGUCGGCCGCGUGGUGGGCGUGCCAGACUUGUUUCAGCAUCUAUCAGCUCAUCUCGGACUACGAUACAAAUACAGGCAUCGAUACCGACACCACAGCCGGAGGAGAUGCGGCCACAGGUGGUGGUUCGCUGUUGUGGGAACAUCGCAUCUUCAGGCGCCUGGCCGUUGCGCAGGUCGGCUUGAGCUUUCUCUGGGCCGGCGCCGCCGCAUACCUAGCACACCUGUUUGCGUCGUCGUUGAUGGCGCGGUGGCUGCUGCACUACAGUCCGCUGGCGGUGCUGGUGCGGCUGUGCAGCCUGUCGAUCGUGCUGUCGUUUGGCUGCCUGCAGGUGUUCCGGGCCACGGGGGCCACGCGGCCGGACCUGCUCCAGCUCAGCCGCAGCCUGCUGGCCUGGAUCGCCAUCGCCGUCGCCCUGAUGCUCGCCUACUUCUGCACCCAGCACGACCUCUUCGUGGCCGCCGCCGCCGCCGACCCAAGCCCGGGCCCAGGCGCGGACCCCGGUGGAACCUCCCCCCGCGACAACGAGGACGCCCACCGCCGCCGCCGCCAGAUCCUCCGCCUCAAGUGCCUCUACGUCGUCUCCGCUUGCAGCCUGUGCAGCCUCCUCGUCUUGGUCGGCAUCGUCCAGCUCGAUCCGGAAACGGGCGUGCUGGACGGGUUUAUCACGGCGGUUUUCGGCCACGGGAACGCCGGAGAGAGUCAGGGCUGCUCCUACCACCCAUCCUCCUCCUCCUCCUACUACUACUACAUGACCACAUUCCGGGAUUGCAUCGGGACGUGCAAGGCGUUGGCGUCGGAUAUGCUGCGUCAAUGGCGCCGGUUCGCGGACGGUACGGCCAGGUUUGGGGCUGAAUUGUGA